CACUGCUCAACUGACGGAGUCAGGAGUGAGACAGGCUAAGAUUAAAAAAGUGGAGCGGGCAUGUGACGCUCUGCAGGAGUUAUCCGCGCUCUGGCAUCUGUACAGUGCAAGGCAAGCAGGACUCACAACUACCUGUUGAGAUGGAAAAUUCAACGUUCUCUAGCACAUUAAAUGCCUCCACAACAGCAAUCCCACCAGGCGAGAUUGAGAAGGAACUCAAGAUCUUCCUGGGAAUAAUCCUGUCUCUACUUGUUCUGCUAAUUGUUUUUGGAAACAUCCUCGUCAUAACCGCCAUUGCCCGCUUCCAGCGACUGCAGAACGUGACCAACUGCUUCAUCACGUCCCUGGCCUGUGCUGACCUGGUCAUGGGUCUUAUUGUUGUUCCUUUUGGUGCCUGUAACAUCAUUUUUAAGAAAUGGCACUUUGGUGUAUUUUGGUGCAAAUUCUGGACUGCCACUGAUAUCCUCUGUGUGACGGCCAGCAUCGAGACACUGUGUGUCAUAGCCCUAGACCGAUAUGUGGCCAUUACUUCACCCUUUCGUUACCAGUCAAUGUUGACAAAGUGCAGAGCUCGAGUUUUGAUUGUUAUUGUUUGGGCGAUUGCUGCGUUGAUAUCCUACGUUCCCAUCCACACGGGGUUGGCAUAUUCAAACAAGACUGGUACAGAUGUGAAAUGCAAACUUAAUGAUCCUGACUGUUGCGAGUUUCAUGUCAAGCCUGAAUAUGCCAUCGGCUCCUCCGUCAUCUCGUUCUACAUCCCUUUGUUCAUCAUGAUUUUUGUGUACAGCCGUGUUUUCCAGGAAGCCAGGCGACAGCUGAAAAAGAUUGACCAAAGCGUUGGACGCUUUCAUAACACCGACAGCAGCGACUUGAAGUCCCUAGAAUCUAACAAUGGAUGGGGGCUAAAAAAGGCCAAGUUUUGCCUUCGAGAACAUAAAGCCUUAAAGACUCUGGGCAUAAUCAUGGGGGUGUUCACCCUUUGUUGGCUACCAUUCUUUUUGCUCAAUGUGGUGGUGACCAUGACAGAAAGGAACCUCGAAAUCCCUUUUAAAGUACUCAACUGGAUCGGUUUCUCAAACUCUGCCUUCAAUCCAAUGAUUUACUGCAGGAGUCCUGAGUUCAGGCACGCUUUCCAGGACAUCCUCUGCAUGAAGAGGAACCACCUCAGCAACCCGGGACCGGUCAAUGGAUAUGUCCACAGCCGCAACAGCUGGCAGAGUGAGCGACAGGGACGCAGUAAGGGCAGCUCAGAUGAUGGCGACCCCACUGAAAGGUGUCUGGGGAAGGUGUCGGAGGUCUGCGAAGGAGAGGACAAAACCACGGACUCUAAUGGAAACUGCAACAAAAGCCUGCCGACUGUGACAACAAGCCUGUAGACUUGGAGCUGUGAGAGUUCAGCCGGAUGAUUGUCACAGCCUUCAUGAACUUUCUUUUUUUCCUCAAUGGUCUGUUGAAGGUAAGGCCAGCCAAGGUGGCCUGCUGACUGCAAUGAUCCCUUUGAGCUGAGGAACGUAUUUAUUUUUCCCAUCAUUUCCACGUUUGAUACUGUAGGAGGAUUUUAUUUUUAUUUUUUAUUUUUUAUUACAUAGAGAUUUCUUUAAGCUACCUCAGACCUGCUUUACAAUAUUUUCGUGUUAACUGUCUUUGACAUUGCACCCGCUUUAGUUAAACUAUUGUGGUAUCUCAGAUGUUUUUUGUUUUGUUUUGUUUUUUUAACCAUGUAAUAUGCUUUAUGAAAGUCAUAAUUACAGAUCGUCGUUUUCACAUUUUCUGCUUUAAGCUCCUAGGGAAUGAUGACUUUCUUUCUAAAUCAAGUCAGUUUCAUUUUGAGCAUGCCUGCUUGGCAGAAAAACACACACACACACACACACACACACACACAC